AUGCAAAUAUUCGUCUCUACGUUUUGGCGUUUACCUUUGCGCGGGAAAAAAGAUGCCGGCAAAAUGGCCAGAUGGCAAAGAGGAACAAAUGAGAAAGUUCCGUCCGGGAGGGAGGGUCUGAUUCUAAGUGUCGGAGACAGGGGGAGUGAAAAAAAAAUUAUCUAUCUAUCUAUCUAUCUAUCUAUCUAUCUAUCUAUUAAUAUUGAUAUUUUCUUAUUUCUAUCUAUCUAUCUAUCUAUCUAUCUAUCUAUCUAUCUGUCUGUGUGUCUUAAUAUUGAUAUCUUAUUAUUUCUAUCUAUCUAUCUAUCUAUCUAUCUAUCUAUCUAUCUGUCUAUGCACACAAGAGGCAUUUUGUUUAAUCUCUCACUUUUCUUUUUGGUCUAUUUCUUUUCUUUUCUUUUUUAUCUUGUUCUCUUUUAUUCUUGGUUUUACUCUUUUUUUUUUAUUAUCUCUUUUUCUUUUCUCUUUGUCUUUUUCAUAACUUGUAUUUUUUGUUUUUCCUUUUCGAAUUGUUGCCUUUAUUUUAUUAUUAUUUCACUCAAACUUACUUUUCCCUUGAUCUCCCCCCACUCUCUCUCUCUCUCUCUUUCUCUCUCUCACUCACUCUCUCUCUCUCUCUCUCUCUCUCUCUCUCUCUCUUUAGUUUCUUUUUAUCUGUCACUUUUCGUUUUCGUCGAUUUCUUUUUCUUUUCUCUUGUUCUCUUUCAUUUUUGGAUAUCUCUUGAAUUUUCUCUUUAUUUUUUUCUUUUAUUUUCUUACUACCGCGUUUUCUUUUUUGUCUAUUUCUUUUCCUUUUCUCUUGUUCGAUUUCACUCAUGGUUUUUCUCUUUAUUUUUCUCUUUAUUUUACUUACUAUCUCUCCUUCUCUUUCGUUUUUUCUUUUCUCUUUUUCUUGUUCAGAUCUCUUUUUUUACUUUUUUGUUUUACUCACACUCUGUUAAGUCAUAUCUCUCCCAUUCUAUCACUCUCUCUCUCUCUCUUCCUCUCUUCACCUCUACCUUUUUAUUUCUCUCUCUCGCUUUCUCUUCACCUCUACAUUUCUCUCUCUCUCUCUCUCUCUCUCUCUCUUUAUAUUCGCCUCUAAUUUCCCUCUCUCUCUCUCUCUCUCUCUCUCUUUCUCUUCGCCUUUCCUUUCUCUUUCCCUUCACCUCUACGUUUUUUAUCACUCUCUCCCUCUCUCUUUCUCUUUUGCAUAAAACACAUUUCUGA